ACAGAGGAGAAGAUACAUAUAUACAUAUAUAUAUAUAUAAACACGUAAAUGUAUGUACAAAGUUUGAUUCUUCUUUUGAUGGAUCUACAGAUCUGAACCCACGUAGGUUUUUCCUAUCGGAUCUCAAUUUGUAAUUCAGUAGCUGAACCUCAGAAAAAGAACCCAACUUUCAACUGUGAGUCGUCUUUCUUCCCUCUCUGGUUUAAUCAAAUCUAUUUUGAUAAACUAAUGCUUCUUCUCAUACCAUUUCUUUUCAAAAUUUCCUUAAUGGGGUUUUCACCGAAAUUCAAGAUUCUUACUUACCAUUCUUCGCUUUGACCAAUUAAUUGUCUCCUUCUGAAUGUUGACUAAGAAUCUUGAUUUGACCUAAUCGGUUGUCUUGUUCUUCAAAUCUGCAGAAACCCCUUUUUGUUCUCAUUGGACCUUUUAGAUUUCUGGGUCUUUUUCAUUUUAUUUUCAUCGUAUUUUGUUAGUUUCACGAUUCGUUUGCCCAUUUAGUUGUUAAUUCUUGAUGUUAUUCAUGGAAAAUGAACAGUGAUAAGAAGAUAUCUGGUUGAAAAGAUUUAGGGUUUUCUUCACAUCCGGUUUUGGAUGUUUGAGAAAUCGGUGGUAAGGUUGUGGUGAGAUGAGGGAUGUUAUCAAAGUUGAUAAACAUUCUAAAGGCCUGCUGGCGACCAUCUUCGGACCGUUAUUAUGACGGUGGUUCAGAUGCUGUUGGCCGGCAGGAUGGUCUUCUUUGGUAUAACGACAUCGGAAAACACUUAAAUGGCGAUUACUCCAUGGCUGUGGUUCAAGCCAAUAUGUUGCUCGAAGAUCAAAGCCAGAUUGAGUCUGGUUCAUUGAGCUUUCUUGAUUCUGGUCCAUAUGGGACCUUCAUCGGAGUUUAUGAUGGUCAUGGCGGACCUGAAACUUCCCGAUAUGUCAACGAUCAUCUUUUUCAGAACCUCAAAAGAUUCACUUCAGAGCAGAAUUCGAUGUCUGUCGAUGUGAUUCGAAAAGCUUUUCAGGCGACUGAAGAAGGGUUUUUAUCGGUUGUUGCUAAACAAUGGACGGUGAAACCGCAGCUAGCUGCUGUUGGAUCGUGUUGUUUGGCCGGCGUUAUUUGUAACGGAACCCUUUUCAUUGCUAAUGCUGGCGAUUCGCGUGCUGUUUUGGGAAGAACGGUGAAGGCAACUGGGGAGGUUAUUGGUAUCCAACUUUCUAUGGAACAUAAUGCGAGCAUAGAGUCUGUUAGGCAGGAACUUCAUAAUUUGCAUCCUGAUGAUCCACAGAUUGUGGUAUUAAAGCAUAACGUGUGGCGUGUUAAAGGGAUCAUACAGAUAUCGAGAUCUAUAGGUGAUGUGUACCUCAAAAAGGCGGAAUUCAACAGGGAGCCGUUGUAUGCUAAGUUUCGUCUUCGUGACCCGAUGCGAAGGCCAAUACUUAGCGCUGAUCCAUCAAUAUCCGUGCAUGAAAUCCAACCAAACGAUCAAUUCCUCAUAUUUGCAUCUGAUGGCCUCUGGGAGCAUCUUAGUAAUCAGGAUGCUGUUGAUAUAGUGCAAAAUCACCCACAUAACGGAAGUGCUAGAAGACUGGUGAAAACGGCCUUACAAGAGGCGGCAAAGAAGAGAGAGAUGAGGUACACGGAUUUGAAGAAAAUCGAUAGGGGCGUAAGACGUCAUUUCCAUGAUGACAUUACAGUCGUAGUUGUGUUUCUAGACUCGAAUCUAGUAAGUAAAGUGAGCUCAUGGAAAGGCCCUACUCUAUCUGUCAAAGGUGGUGGCAUCAACAUCUCAAGAAAAACUCCGGCGACACCACCGCCACCAUCAACUGCCACAGAUCAUGGCGGCACUUAGGGUUACCGUUCUUGAAUCCAUGGAAGGUUAAAAAGGUAAUUUCCCAUCUCUAAUUUUAAUUCCAUGAUGUAUAAUUUAGCUAGCAUUUUAGCUUUUAAAAAAAUGGGUUAUUUUGUUCCUGGGACAUGAAGAAAUGACAAGAAAAUUGAGGAAAAAAAGGAAAUAGAGGGAGAGAGCUCAAAAUGUGGCCCUGGAGAUUUUUGAAGGAACCCUUUGAAGCUUGUGUUGUGUAAAUCUUGUAUUCUUCUUAGAAAUUCGAUUUUUUUUACGAUAUACGUUUUCGUAGCUGUUUCC